AUGGACAGAGUCAUAGAAACUUCAGGACAUGUUGCCCCAAGAAUCACCAAACUGAGCGACGCCAUCCCGGACCACCACUGGUGCAUCCCCUUCAGCGUCGCUGGGAACCCAAAGCCCACCCUGAGCUGGCUGCAUGAUGGUGAAGAGGUCCCUGAGGGUCCGUACCUUCACACCAGAGUCCACGAAGUCUCAGAGAGAGAGUUCCACGGCUGCCUCCAGCUCGACUCGCCAACACACCUCAACAACGGACACUACACACUAGUGGCAACAAACAUCUACGGCAACGUCUCAAAAGUCGUAGACGCACACUUCAUGCACACACCAGGGGACGGGCUGGAGAGUGAUCAGUACUACUACGGCGUGACCACAGAGGGAUACACCAUCGAUCCCCCAGAGGACCGAGUCGCGGUCUAUGUGGUGGUGGGUAUCGCUGCGGUGGCUCUGGUCGGGUUCUUGCUCAUGUUGGUGAUCCUCAAAUUCAGCGGAAACUCAAAGUUUGGCAUCAAAGGUAAGAGCAGCUGA